AUGUUCACUUGUUCUUCGACGCGGCGGUUGGCGUUCUCCUUUGCCAAACCCAGCAAUGUUUCUCGUACUUCGAAGGCCACAAUAUCGAGAAAAUAUUCUGUCGACGCACAGAACAAUGAUAUACCAGCAAAACGUCGACCCCGCAUCAUUUUCUCGGGUAUUCAGCCCACAGGCAUCCCUCACUUAGGAAAUUACUUCGGUGCUCUGGCAAACUGGGUGAAGCUCCAACGCGAGGCAGAACCGGAAGAUGAACUGUUGUUCUCGGUGGUCGGGUGGCACGCGCUCACGCUCCCCCAAGACCCGAAAGCUCUCGUCGAGGCUAGGCAGGAUAUGAUGGCUCUCAUGUUGGCGGUUGGGCUGGAUCCGAAAAGGUCCAUACUAUUUCAUCAGGAUCAUAAUCAGAACCAUGUCGAACUCGGAUGGAUAUUCAGCUGCCUCACUCCAGUCGGCAAGCUGAGACGAAUGACAACUUGGAAAAGCAGACUAGCAGUAUCGCGAAAUGCAAACGAUGAAUCCGAAGUCGACGAUUCUUUGUUGAACACCGGAUUGUUCACCUACCCCGUCCUCCAAGCCGCGGAUAUAUUGGCCUACAAAGCGACACAUGUUCCUGUCGGUGACGACCAGCAACAGCACCUCGAGCUAGCCCGCGACAUCGCCGACAUCUUCAACCGGACCUACAAAAAACCGUCGCGCCUAUUUCCCCUACCUCAAUCCAUGUACACCCCCACCCGCCGCGUCCUCUCCCUCAAAGACCCAUCCGCCAAAAUGUCCAAAUCCGCUCAAGACCCUAACUCCCGCAUCCUCCUAACCGACCCUCCCUCCCUCAUCUCAUCCAAAAUUCGCUCUGCAGUCACCGACUCGCUACCCACCAUAACCUACGACCCCCAGACCCGCCCCGGGACCUCCAACCUCCUCAACAUCCUCGCCGCGUGUAUGGACCAAGAUGUUGAAGAUGUGGUGAGGGAGAGGUAUGAGGGUAAGGCGAGGAAUCAUGCGGAUCUGAAGAAGGAGGUGGAGGAGGCUGUUGUGGAGAGGUUUAGAGGGCCGAGGGAGGAAUUUGAGAAGGUUAGAGGGGAGAGGGCGUACCUUGAGGAAGUGGCGAGGAAGGGAGCGGAGAGAGCGAAGGAAAAAUCGGAUGUGGUGUUGACGGAGGUUAGGAGGAGGGUUGGUUUGGCUUGAGGAAGGAGGCUUGAUGUCGGUUUCAUGUUACUUACCUUAUAUUUGGUUCAAUUCAUCACCUUUACUCCCC